AUGGCGGAAUUCGUACGAGCCCAGAUCUUUGGGACAACCUUCGAAAUCACCAGCAGAUACACGGACCUUCAACCCGUGGGCAUGGGCGCCUUUGGGCUCGUCUGCUCUGCCAAAGAUCAAUUGACGGCUCAAUCAGUGGCCGUGAAGAAAAUCAUGAAGCCCUUCUCAACACCAGUUCUUGCGAAGCGAACCUAUCGAGAACUAAAGCUAUUGAAGCACCUUCGACACGAGAAUGUUAUCUCGCUCAGCGACAUCUUCAUCUCUCCUCUAGAAGACAUUUAUUUUGUGACUGAGCUCUUGGGGACCGAUCUCCACCGCUUGUUGACUUCUAGACCGCUUGAAAAGCAGUUCAUCCAAUAUUUUCUUUAUCAAAUCCUGCGGGGUCUGAAAUACGUACACUCGGCUGGCGUCGUCCACAGAGACUUGAAGCCUAGCAACAUCCUCGUAAAUGAAAAUUGCGACUUGAAAAUCUGCGACUUCGGCCUCGCCAGAAUCCAGGAUCCUCAGAUGACGGGUUAUGUCUCAACCCGAUACUACCGAGCCCCGGAAAUCAUGCUGACUUGGCAAAAAUAUGACAUUGAGGUAGAUGUCUGGAGUGCUGGCUGUAUCUUCGCAGAAAUGCUCGAGGGUAAGCCCUUGUUUCCCGGCAAGGAUCACGUCAACCAAUUCUCCAUCAUCACCGAACUGCUCGGAACACCACCACAAGAUGUCAUUGAAACCAUUUGCAGUGAAAACACUCUCCGAUUCGUCCAGUCCCUGCCCAAGAGAGAAAGACAACCUCUGAGCGCCAAGUUCAAGAAUGCCGACCCUCAAGCCAUUGAUCUUCUGGAAAAGAUGUUGGUGUUUGACCCGCGGAAACGAAUCUCGGCCAUCCAAGGAUUGGAACACGAAUACCUGUCUCCCUACCACGACCCCACUGAUGAGCCCGUGGCAGACGAGAAAUUCGAUUGGUCUUUCAAUGAUGCCGACCUGCCCGUCGACACCUGGAAAAUCAUGAUGUACUCGGAAAUCCUCGACUACCAUAACAUCGAUAGUCAGGAGGGAGAGCUCGGAAAGGGACUGUCGGUUGAGCAGGCCCAGGCUGUCAACGGCCAAACCGUUCAGUAG